CGCGUUUUAUUUCGUCAACAGCAAACUGCGCAAAAAAUGCGCAAGCUUGAUUUCCUUCCUACACGUCGAGGCUAAUUAGCUGCAUACUUCCUGUAUGUGUGUGUGUGUUAGAAAGAUUAGCACCGUCCGUGCAUCGUCGCAGCAAACAUGCUGACAACAAGGUAAUUUACUCAAACAAACAAACAGCAGUUUGUAUUUAGAGUAGGUAAUAGUGACGCUGCAGACUCCAGUGAGAGUUAGUUGCUUAGAUACAAGCUGAGCUAGCUACAUGUUAAGAGACCGGAUGAGUCUCUGAGCAGCAGACGGCGGUGCUGAUUAACUCACAGCGGAGGAAUAGCUGGCUUCUCUCGUGUUGAAACAAACCUGCAUUUCCAAAGAUGUCUUGGUUCAGUCAUGUCAGUCAGGGCUCAAAUAAUCAACAGCCCGUUCACAACCACAGACUCGCAGCCACAGACUCCCUGUGCAGCGCUCUCAACUCCAGGCUUGGAGGUUCAGCAGAGGGAGCACCGACCAUGGCAACACAACACUGGACCGGCUGCUCCACUCCCAGUCCGAUAGUCUUUCCGUCAGCUCCGCAUGGUGUAGUCAGCCCUCCCAGUCUUGAGAAGCUGUCCUGCUCUUCUCUAAAUGUAGGUCAGGUGAGAGAUCCGGAUCCCAUCUCCUAUGUAAGCCUCCAGGAGCAGCGGUGCGUCCUGAGCUGGUUCCAGGGAUGGACCGCCGCUCAGAGAGAGCGGUUCUUGCAGGACCUUCUUGGGAAAGCUGUGCCAGGGAAAGUGUGCACCCUCCUAGAUUCACUGAAUACUCUUCAGGUUAAAGACAGACUACCAAACAUAUUUGAAUGCCAGCUGCGCCUGUGGACCCAGUGGUUUGAGUCUUGGGGAGAAGAGGAGAGGAAUCAUUUUCUGCACAUGCUGGAAGAGCGGGAUCCAGUUUUUGUUUCCCACUUUUACAGGAGCGUAGCCGGUACAGCAGGACGAGACUGAGUAAUGUUUGCAGUGUGAUGUAAAAGCAAGUGACUCACAAAAUGUGUUAAAGAAAGUGUAUUCGAUCUCUUCAGAGAAAUGUUUGUGUAACUGUGAUGGGACUCAUUAUUGGAGGUAAACUGUUUGAUUGUAACAGAAGUGUUCAUUCAAUAUAUAAACUCUGUUUACUGAAUUUCAUACACCAAGUUCUCCAGGUAAUCAGGUUUAACAUCUGGAUGCAAGACAAACUUACAGACUUCAUUUUUCUGUACUAAGCCUAGUGAUUAAACAUCUGGAAUGACAUGAACAAGCAGACCUUUUUCAAACAUAGAGGAAUAAACAAAAUGCAUCAUUGUA